AAUACAGAAUAAGAACAGAAACAGAGCCAGUCAUUUUAUCAUUAGGCAUGAGUCUGUUUCUGAACAAAUUUAUUGGCUGACUAAUAAAAAUUGCACACUGGGUCAUCUGAUAAAUCACACGGCUGAGGAAAUGAUUUCUCCGUCCACUUCUGCGAGGCGAAUAAAACUCAAACGUAAUCUGCGUUCAUUUGAACCCGUGAAGCGCGCCUCGGCCUGCUCCUAUUGGGCCGCGCCGUCGACGUUGUCCUCUGAAGUCAUCCUUUAUGGACGUGGCCACGCCCUCCUCGCUGGGCUCUGGGGGAUGACGCCACCCCGUGGCUCCGCCCUCUCGCGCGAACCCGACGCCUCGCGUUCAUUUCAUUCCUGCUCUCAUUCCGCGCAUUCUUCGCAUCUCUCGGUGUGUCGGCGAUCCGCGCUCGCAUUCCCGCCCGGCCCUGAACCGCCACAAUAACUUUACGCACUUUUGUAAAAAUAAAUUCUCACACAUUAGAAAAAAAAAAAAACAACAAAAAACAACAACCCAAAACAAACAAACAAAGGGGCGGAGCUGUUAAAAAAUUAUAUCGAUUACGGACGUUAAGUUCGCCCUGCCGGAAGUUGCAGAUCUUCAUCGGAGCGGUGCGAAAACAGCGCCGGGAGAAAGAGAAAGAGAGAGAGAGAGAAGGAGAAAGACUUGUUGCUUUUGCGUCUCUUCUUCUUCUUCUUCUCUUAAAAAUCCUCACCGUCUCGCCCUAGCGUGCUCCAGGCUUCGGCUUGGAGGUCCCAACCGCCACAAUUGAUCCCAGCAGCUGGAGCGGCAGCGAAAGUCCUGCCGAGGACAUGGAGAGGAUGAGCGACACUGCCGAGAAGCCCAUGGACAAUGACGCCGAGGGUGUGUGGAGCCCUGACAUCGAGCAGAGCUUCCAGGAGGCGCUUGCUAUCUACCCACCCUGUGGCCGUCGCAAGAUCAUCCUCUCCGAUGAAGGCAAGAUGUAUGGUCGGAACGAGCUGAUCGCCAGAUACAUCAAACUGCGCACUGGGAAGACGAGGACGAGGAAGCAGGUGUCUAGUCACAUUCAGGUUCUUGCCCGGCGGAAAUCUCGCGAGUUUCAUUCCAAGCUAAAGGUGACGAGCAUGGAUCAGACCGUGAAGGACAAAGCCCUCCAGAGCAUGGCAUCCAUGUCCUCAGCACAGAUCGUCUCCGCCACGGCUAUCCACAACAAGCUGGGCCUGCCAGGCAUCCCUCGACCCGCCUUCCCUGGAGCGGCUGGGUUUUGGCAGGGCAUGAUAUCCACGGGACAGCCAGGAUCCUCACAAGACAUCAAGCCGUUUGCGCAGCAGGCCUACCCCAUACAGCCCACCGUCACAACAGCAAUUUCAAGUUACGAGUCCACAGCAGCACCAGCACCCACAGUACCAGCGUGGCAGGGCCGCUCCAUCGGCACCAGCAAGCUCAGGCUGGUUGAAUUCUCGGCUUUCCUGGAGCAGCAGAGGGAGCCGGAAUCAUACAACAAGCACCUUUUUGUACACAUCGGUCAGACAAAUCACUCCUACAGUGAUGCCCUGCUGGAGUCGGUGGACAUUCGUCAAAUUUAUGACAAAUUUCCAGAGAAGAAAGGAGGACUGAAGGAGCUCUUUGGUAAAGGCCCUCAGAAUUCCUUCUUCCUCAUAAAGUUCUGGGCCGACUUAAACUGCAACGUUCUCGAGGAAACCGGGGCCUUUUAUGGCGUCACCAGCCAGUACGAGAGCCCGGAGAACAUGACCAUCACUUGCUCCACUAAAGUCUGCUCAUUUGGCAAGCAGGUGGUGGAGAAAGUGGAGACGGAAUAUGCUCGCUUCGAGAACGGACGCUUCGUGUACCGGAUAAGCCGCUCUCCCAUGUGCGAAUACAUGAUUAACUUCAUCCACAAGCUCAAACACCUGCCUGAGAAGUACAUGAUGAACAGCGUGCUGGAGAACUUCACAAUCCUAUUGGUGGUCACAAACAGAGACACACAGGAGACCCUGCUGUGCAUGGCGUGUGUGUUUGAGGUGUCGAACAGCGAGCAUGGGGCUCAGCAUCACAUCUACAGACUGGUGAAAGAAUGAAGCUCGUGCCAGCCAGCAGAUCUGUCCUAUAGACUCUGAACCUCAAUAAAAAAAAAAGUGGCAGUGCCUCUAGUUCAACACUCACCCGCAGCGACUCGAGCUCUCAUCCGGGUGAAGCUUAUUGUUAUUAUUAUUUUUUUCAGUCUUUAUUAAUGUAUAUGUGUUCGAUGUUUUGACUGCAGCUGUGAAUCACGGUACAGUUGUAUUAUGUUUUGAUACAGGAAAGAAUCAUUUUAAAGGAAGCCUAAUCGACUCUUCUCCGUAGGACGUGUGUAUAUAUAAAUAUAUAAAGUGGCAGUAUCAUUAGACUUCGAGGUUGGCUUAAAUUUAGAUUAAAUCUGGCUGAGAAAGGCAACGUUUUAGGUUUUAAUCCUAUUAUAAUUAAUGUACACCUUAAAAGCAGAUUUAGACUUUAGGUUCAUAUAAAACAAUACCGUCUAUGAAUGUGUAAGUGUCUGUGUAUAAAUGUAUAUACCCACAUACCUGUAGUCUUUCCAAAGAUUAAAAAAAGUAUUUCAUUUUGAAACAUUUGGUUGAUUAUAGAGGAAUAACUGUAGAGGCCAUCAAAAUAAUAAUAAUAAUAAUAAUAGAGUUACUCAAUUUCGGCAUCUGUAGCAUUCAGGGAAUUUAAAAGUCCAGUCCUUGAAAAAAAUCUCACGUGUCUCACCUGCAAUAAACAAAAAAAAUGUAACCUUUACUCUAUCUAAUAUACUGCAGAUAGUUCCUGCUAACGUUUUAGUGGAUAAACGAGUCACCGAGGGUGCUUUCACACCUAUUAGUCCGUUUGUCGAGUCCGAAUCAGAGUGAAUUGAAUACUUUCUGUAUGUUUUCUACAGUUUCACGUUGCACAUAAUUAAACAAACCAAACGAAGGGCUGAAAACGUGUGUGAAAUAUGUUUUUCAUUCAUUGUUCAGAAAUAUGGCGACUUAAAAAGGUUAACAAAAUCAGUCGAAAUGUUUAGAAAUCACAAGCGUCACAUCUGAUAUUUUUGCCGUAAUGUGACACUGCAGGACUGUGUGGACAAAUCAGACCGUAGCCUCUGUUCUAGAUUGGAUGCAUGUCUGAUUAGUGACUGCGUGACAUGAAUGCGAAUGGUCAGAAUGGAAUUCAUUUGCUUCCCGACACCCUCUCCCCCACAACGCUUAUGUACAUAUUAUGUAUGUUGUCAUUAUCAAUAGUGUCAGCAGUGUGUCAGCAAAACAACAAUGUAGGACAUCGAUGUAGGACAGCGAUGUAUCCUUCCACUAUAUUCAGUGGAAGCACAGGGAAAUUAUUUCUUUACUUCAUACAUGUAGAAUCGAUUCAAGCUAUAUUGGAAGGAACAUAUCGAAACGGAGUAGUGUAGUGAACCAACUGCGAAUGCAGGAUGUUUGACUAGACAGAUAUGCUCACACUAAAGACAGAUAUGGGGCACUAAUGUGAACAGUCAAGACACACAUCCAAUCUGAGCAAAAAAUCUGAAUCGUGCAAUGAAGCUUGUAAUGUGAAAAUAGCCAAAAUAAACAAACAUGUAAAUUAGAGUUUUUUGAAUGAUAGUCGAAUCAUUUUUUCACUACAAUCAAAACUGCCCUAGAAUUCACUUGGAAGCAAGUUGAGGCCACCACGGUGAGAUGCUCUCAUACCGGUUGAAUUUUUUUUUUUCCGCACCCGGUUGCUGUGUUCUCACCUAAAGAACCAAGGUCGAAAACACACCAGGUUUCGAUUCAAACAGGCUAAACGCUGCAUGUGUGAAAGCACCCUAAAAGCAAGAAAGCACUACAUAUAACACCAGAGGCCAGCUGAUUGUCAAAAUGUCCCUAGCACUUGGAUUCUUUUGGGACAUGCCUUAUCAAGCGAACCUACGUUGUCAGUUUAUCCGACGAGACACAAUCAUAUUAUCUACAGACAUCAGGGAAGAUUCUUUCAAAACUCGUCCUUUAAUCGCGUACCUGUCCCGUUUUUUGAUGAGUCCUAAUCCCAGUGUCCUCUGCUGCCUUUAACCCCAACACCAAGCCUCUGUGGCCUCCUAAAAACUGCGAGCCUUAACAAUGGCUGAGAGAUUUUUGGGUUUUUUUUUUUCCUUUAAAAAAAAAAAGAUGCCACUAAAACUGUGAGCUCUUUCCUAAGCUGGAAGACUUUUCACGUCCUCGUCCCAUGUCGUUCCAUGGAAGUGUACAGUCACAGAGCUGCCAAAGCAUAACAAAGCACAGUGCCUUAAUGGAUGCCUAUAUUCACGUGAGCUGAGAAAACACUAAGUUCAUUGUUUUUUUUUGUGGUCUAAAUGAGAAAAGACUAGCGUGGCUAGUGUGCACGUCAGCUCCAGCUACCACUACAUCCUAGAAAUCUAGUAAAACACUACCAAACUAGCCAUGCCUUUCUUCUUAUCAGAAGAGACCAAAAAUAUAUAUAUCCCUGGAGGCACGAUGAAUCUCCUCCUUGUUUCCUGCACUGUAGCAUACAAGUGCCUUUGGUUCACGUUUUUCCAGCUUAGAAAAGACAAAUCAUAUUUUGCAUGACUAUGAUCAGAACCAAAUAUGUGGAUGUAAAGUCAAAUAUUCACCACAAUGCCUUGCUAAAAGUUUAUAGUAGACGACAAGGGACGGUGGUUAAAUAGUAAAAAAAAAUAUAAUGUAUCGACUUUUAAUCAGAGAUUAUUAAUUAUUUGUUCUGUUGUAAAAUAUUUUGCGACACAUCUCAGUUUGUGUUCAAUCCAGAUUUUUAAAAAUCCUGAUCUUGUUAAAGACUGCUUGUUACUGUAAAUUGGAAGCCCUUUGUGAUAUUUUCUCUAGACUGGUGUUUUUUUUUUGUUGUUGUUUGUUUUUUUGUUUUUUUUUUCCAUUUUGUUUUUUAUCAGAAUGCAUAACUACGAACACUAUUUGAAGUGGAUUUUAAAAAUCCACUUUAUUGGUUAAAACCUUCAGCACAGUUUAAUGUUCUCCUUUAACACUAUUCACCCAAGUUAUUAAUUUCACUCGUUUCUAAACUGCUGUCAUAUGGUUUUAAUGGUUUCAUUGAUCUCCGUGUUGUACUGCUUAAUGUUAACUGUGGACUUUAGUAUGCGUAACAUGAAAACGACAAAUUGUUUCGAUUUUAUUUCCCCACUUAUUUCUCUGUUCUGGUUCACAUUGUGUGAGUUGCAUAUGGAGAUUUUUCAUGUAUUACCGUUCUACGUGUACACAACUUUUGUUUGUUUGUUUGUUUGUUUGUGAUGACAUCAGUAUAUUCGGAAGCCCUGUGUGGCCGUGAUGCUGUUACUGCUGCGCUGCUGGCACCUUGGACCUUCUGUUCCGCCUUUACUUCACCUGGGAGCUGAAUACGAAUGAUUGUACGCUGAAUGUUAGAAGGACAUUCAUUUUGACAGUAAUGGACACUGAGCAGUCGCUUUCUAGAGGAAUGAUGACCGCACGUCAGCAGUCUAGCUCUUUGUUUCUUGAUUUGUAUUUUUGUCUAUGUGUAGGUACUGGUACCUCCUUUGUUUGUUACCAUUUAAGAAGUUGGCUUUAAAACGAACUAUUCUCUAGUUCAAAAUAGUAUCAUUUAAAAAAAAAAAAAAGAAAGAAAACUAUUGGAUUUGUGUGCAGAGAUUUUUUUUUUUUUGUAAAAAGGUGCUUUGUAUAAAAUUAUAUAUUCUGGCUUUUCUUGGUACAAAGGCGUGAGAUCUUUUAAUAUCAUUAAUGAUGGUGAAGAGCUGGAGCAAAGGUGAGAGAGAGGAGAUGGGAAAACCUGCUAUGUGUACGUGUUCCUUACUGCAUAUGGUCUUGUCUUUGCUCUGUAACAUUUUUGAUGCCUUCUUGAUAAAGUGGUAGAUAUUUUGUAGCUUUCUAGAUACUUUGUAUGUAUACCAUAUUGAAUAAAAUAAAUAAGGAAAACUG